CUUUUUUCAGCAGACUCAGCCCUCACUCGGUUAAAAGUUCACUAUUGCAAGCCUGCAGCCUUAAGAUAUUCACUGACUCCGCGAUUUCAUAGCAUGGAUAGUCAAGCAAGAGUUCAAGUACAGGCUCAGAUCAGAAAUCUUUUUCAAAACAAGCCUGCACAUGGCCAUGGUGUCUCACCAUCAUUUCGUGAUUUUCAUCCAACCAGUGGAAUAGAGUUGCAGAAAAUGAUGCUCAAGUUGGUCCAGGCGGCCUCAGAGGCCGCUGCCGUAGCUUUUCGCUCGCUUGUUUCACAGCCGUCGGAAGCUAAGAAACAAACGUUGGAGGCCGCCAUUGAAGUAGCAGAAGCUGCUAUAAAAGAUCGUGUUAAUCCUCAUCUUGUUAAAAUGGCAAUGGGGAUUUUUCUAACGCAUAGUAAAGAGGCUCAGUAUUUAGGAGUUGUGGCACCCUCACUAAAGGAGCAUUUAGAAUUUGCCAUGCCAGCUGUUAUUCCGAUUGAGAAAGCCGUCGUCCCCGAGGCCGAUGUCACCCCAACUCUUCCAGACUCAAAUCCUACUACAGCCGACACUUUAAGGGCAAUAGAAACCCUCUCAUAUUGGCGAGAAGAUUAUGAUCUCAAUGACCAUCACUACCAUUGGCAUCUCGUCUAUCCUUGGUCAGGAAUUAGUACAAUAAAGGAAAAAAAGAUCCACCGAACCAUUGAUAGGCAAGGGGAACUGUUUCUUUACAUGCAUUCUCAGAUGUUAGCCCGAUACAAUGCAGAGCGGUUGAGUUGGUCAGACAUAGGACUGGUUGACCCAUGGAGCUAUGAUGAGGUGGUGGAGCCAAGUUAUACACCACCCCCAGGUCUGAGGGAUGAGUAUGGAGCAAGGCCUCCACUUCAAGGUUGGCUUGAGCAGCAUUCCCCCUACAUGCCUGAUAAACUUGCUACUGUUUCCAAAGAUACAAUGAUUUUCUGGCGUAACAACAUCAACAAGGGCAUUAUUCAAGGUUAUUUUUACACAAAGAAAGAAAAUGGUGAUCAAGGAAAGUUCCAGCUCACAGAAGACAAUGCCAUGAACUGGGUUGGCAUAAUUGUUGAGGCUGAGGCACAUCAGCUGCAGGAGGUAAGCCCAGGCUCCAAUGAGUUUAUUGAUAACGACUUGUAUGGCACACUACACAACCUUGGUCAUGACAAAUUUGGUGAGAUUGGUUACCAGACAUACAUGUCAAACAAAAACCGUUGGGGAGUAAUGGGGUCCACCUCUGUUGCAGUUCGUGAUCCAGUCUUUUGGAUUUGGCACAGGCACAUUGAUGAUUUUCGUCAGUCUAUUGUAAACAAAUACAAGCAACAUCCACUCAAAGAAAGUGCCCCACCUCAUGUAAAGCUCACUGGAGUACAAAUCCUACCACAAGAUGAAAAUUCUACAACACCUGAUGGAGGUAUUGCCACAUAUCUCACUGCACCUCGUUUGGAAUUGCAUGAAGUCAAUGCUAAGCUCAACCAUGAGCCUUACAAAUGGGUAGUCAAGGUUGAAGCCACUGUAGAUGAAAAUGAAAUUAAAAAUUUGAAGCCAUUUACUGUGCGAAUCUUCAUUGCUCCUAAGCGGCUAAUGCAUGAGCAGCGCCGUUACAUCGAAAUGGAUAAAUUUUUAUGCACCCUUACUACAAAGUCUGCAACAUUUGUCAGACUAGAUGUGGAGUCCUCUGUAGCCCGCAAAGUACCUGAUCCAUCAGAGUAUCAAGAUCCACGCUGUUUAUGUGGAUGGCCUCAGAAUAUGAUGAUACCCAAUGGUACUGAAUUGGGCACUGAUUAUGUAGUUUUUGCUAUACUCACUAAUGAUAUCAUCUCUGAGGAUGAUACGGUAUCAAUGUCUUUCUGUGGAGCCAAGGAUAGUAAAUAUCCUGAUCCACGUGGCAUGGGAUAUCCAUUUGAUAAAGUAUGGUUCAGGACCUCCUCAGAGAUGCGUGAGGCUAUCAAGGGGCUGGAUCAUGUGAAAUUAUCCGAAUUCAAGAUUUAUCGUGAGACACAGCUUUACCAAGGCAGAAUAGUGACGGUAAAGGGAGACAUCAGUUGGGAAAAUACCAUUCAAUAUUUCUUCACACAAAGUGAUGCAAGUUACAUGAUGAAAGAGUACAAAAUCGAUUUGACCAAGAAAGAAGAUGUGAUUCGUUACCGAAUGUUUAUAUUUGGUGUGGAAAAUGGUACUAUACCAGUCGAUGGCAAUACAAAGGAAAAGAAGUCUAAGUGGAGUGAUGACAAAAUUGCCAAGUUUGAAGCAUGGAUAGACGCUGACUUUCCUUGAACUAACAUUUGAAUAUUAAUAAUUAAUGUAACUUUUUGAAGUAGUGAAUAUUCUAGUUUUUGGUUUUAGGCAAUUUUUGCAAAAUUUAUCAUUAAAAUAGUGAAAAACAGAAAAGAAUAAAUAAAAGACAUUUAAUUGCAUGGGUUUAGAAAUACUACAUAAUUUACAAUCCUCCUUUCAUCAUUUGACAUAGCACAUCUGUUGUCUCGCUAGCCAUACCAUUGGUCACAUCCUUUUCUGAACGUAA